AUUUAAAGUCUCCCCGCGUCCUCCACGUCCGCACACUCGCACCGGGACACGCCAUCAUGUCGGACCAGGGCGUCUUCGACACCAACGUGGUGACCAUGACCCGCUUCGUGAUGGAGGAGGGUCGCCGGGCGAAGGGCACCGGCGAGCUGACCACGCUGCUCAACUCCCUGUGCACGGCGGUGAAAGCCAUCUCCAGCGCGGUGCGCAAGGCCGGGAUCGCUCACCUCUAUGGCAUCGCGGGCAGCACCAACGUGACGGGCGACCAGGUGAAGAAGCUGGACAUCCUGUCCAACGACCUGAUCAUCAACAUGAUCAAGUCGUCCUUCACCUCCUGCGUGCUGGUGUCAGAAGAGAACGAGAAGGCAAUCAUUGUGGAGCCGGAAACACGGGGUAAAUACAUUGUCUGUUUUGAUCCCCUGGACGGGUCCUCCAACAUCGACUGCCUGGUCUCCAUCGGGACCAUCUUUGCAAUCUACAAAAAGGCCACAGAUGAUGAACCAUGUGAGGAAGACGCCCUGCAGCCUGGCAGGCACCUGGUGGCAGCCGGUUACGCCCUCUAUGGCAGCGCCACAAUGAUGGUCAUCUCCACGGGUCAGGGCGUCAACGGCUUCAUGCUUGACCCCGCAAUCGGUGAGUUCAUCCUGGUGGAUCGGGACAUCAAGAUCAAGAAGAAGGGGAAGAUCUUCAGCUUGAACGAAGGCUACGCCAAGUACUUUGAUCCGGCUGUUACAGAGUACCUGGAGAAGAAGAAGUUUCCUCAGGACGGCUCUGAUCCAUACAACGCCCGCUAUAUCGGCUCCAUGGUGGCAGACGUUCACCGGACCCUGAUGUACGGAGGAAUCUUUUUAUACCCCGGAAAUACCAAGAGCCCCAAAGGAAAGCUGCGUCUGCUGUAUGAAGGGAACCCAAUGGCCUUCAUCAUGGAACAGGCGGGUGGAAUGGCCUCCACCGGCCUGCAGAACAUCCUGGACAUUCAGCCUGUGAGCAUCCACCAGAAGGCCCCGGUGGCCAUGGGCUCGCCCGAGGAUGUGCUGGAGUACGUCGCCAUCUGCAAGAAACACGCCCUCAAGUGAGACGACGCCUUGGCUCACCAGAAAACACGGACAAUAAUGACCAAAGAUAAAGCUUUGGAGGGGCGACCAUCUCCUGACCUCUUGUUGUGCCUUAAUAUGAAUAAACUGGACAUGUGAAGGACCAAACACGACCUCGCUGAAACUUGUUUUCCUUGGCAAAAAUAAAUCCAUUAUAUACAA